AUGGGACCUGCAGUUGAUCUUCGAAAUAUUGCAGGCUCAACAAGCGGCGAUAGCACAGUUGUAGAACCAAAGCCUCAAAGGGAUGAACAAGUUGUCGUAGAACCAGGUGAGCACAGACACGGGGAAACUUCUGAGGUGAAGAAGAUGCUCGAAGCAUUGACAAAACCGAUGGAGUCAGGCGAGAAAAAGAUUGAGGCCAACGAUAAGAAGGUGGAAAUGUACAACUCCAGGGUCAUUCAGAUCCCGGGAGCGCCUCCAAUAUUGAAGGGAUCAGACUCCAAAAAGUUUAUACAGAAGCCUUUCCCCCCGAGCGCAGCACCGAAGCUCAUCCCGAAAAGGGUGGAUCAUAUGGGAAAUGGCUCCGGGUAUCUCCCGAUAAGGAACGAAAAGAGAAAUGAUCGAGGACCGAGCGGCCGGGGCCUGAUGAGAAAAGGCGGGUUUGGCAGGUCACUCGUAAGUAGAGAAGCGCCAAGAUUAUCAGAAUACAAUUUCAACGUGGACGUUGCAAGCAUUGUGUCGGCUAUAGGGCGCAUCAAAGAGACCAAGUGGCCCCGACCAUUGCAGUCUAACCCUGCCCAGAGAGAUCCUAAUUUGAUGUGUAAGUAUCACGGCACUCAUGGUCAUAGGACCGAAUAUUGCAGGCAGUUAAGAGAAGAAGUUGCUUGA